AUGGCGGACAAUGCCAGUUUAAAUGCGCAAAAUCCGAAUAUUGUUGGAUUCGUAUCUUCUGUCGUUGGCUUCAUUGUUUCAAUUUCACUUUCCGCUGUAGGAUAUGCAAAUAAUGCAUGGAUCUAUAUCGACAGACCCAUAAAGCAUGAUGAAUUUCAGCGCGGCGUUCGCGGCCACGACUGCUACAAGGUCGAUCGAGGAGAAGACGAGGUCAUUAGGUGUCUUCCAUGGGAAUUCUUUGAUAAGGGAUCGAAAUUCCCAACACCGUUUAAUGACAUUUUGGAUCCGCCGCUACUGAUGUCUGUCUCGAAGUAUCUGGCGCUUGCAAUUCUAACACUUCAAUUAGCCUGGUUGAUCUACGCCAUUGCCAAAUGUUGUUGCGAAAGUUUCCAGAAAAAGGCUGAAAUUUGGGAGAAGCUUAUUUUUGUUGCAAAUAUUCUUACUUGUUUCCUUUUCGUUGUCCUUCUGUUCUUCAUUUUUGUUUUAUCAUUCAUGGACACUAUUAUGAUACCUAUUCCGGAGAAUUCAACGCAAAAAAUGGGAUCUGGAUGCUUUAUAUUCGUUAUUGGUGGAUUGGUGCCUUUCGUAGCGGCAUCUUACAUCUCAUUCAAGAAGCAAUACCGGGCGAUUUUGGGAAAGAAACAUGAAUCGAACCAUCGCAAUCAGGACAAGGAAAUGGAGAGAUUGAAUGAAUAA